AUGGAGGGAGCCAGCGUCAUUUUCGUCACCAUUUUCGUCACUGUUCAGAAGAUCUAUUACCCAUUGCUUUGCAUCGUGGGUAUUCCAGCCAACCUCUUCACAUUCUACAUGAUCUGCUUCCGUAAGUGUGGGAUGUCCAACACGGCCAUCGUUUACCUGAGCUGUCUGGCCAUUGUGGACACCUUCUACCUGGUGUGGGUGAUCCUCAUUGACCUGACCCUCACCUUCUGGCUGCUGCAGCCCUUCUGGCACUCCCACCCCUGGUGUGGCAUCCUGGGGUUCCUGCAGUAUGGGUCGCUGUAUAGCUCCUCCUGGAUCGUGGUGGUGUUUACCAUCGAGCGUUACCUCGUUCUCCGCAGCACGGCAGCCAGGCAGAACUUCUCCCAGGCCCGGGUCACUAAGCUGACCUGCGUGGCUAUCGUCCUGGUGUCACACCUGGUCUCUGUGCCACUGGGCUGGAUCAAUACUGUCACACAGGUCAACUUGACCGUGGACGGGGAGAACGUGACGCUGCCCAGGUGUCGAUACCGUGAUGAGGCCUACUCUACCGUUAUAGUGUGGAUAACCACCUUCCUCUCAGGGGGAAUCCCCAUUGUGUUGGUCAUCAUCUUUAACUACCUCAUCGGAUAUCAUCUUUGCCGUGCCAGCAACCUCUUCACGGAGGAGGAGCGCCGCGUCAUGCACGGGAGGAGCACCAGGGGCAUGUUGAGGAGGACCAUCCUGCUGCUGGGCACCGUUUCCGUGACCUUCGUCGUUCUCAGCCUGCCGCGCUUCGUCACGUACUGCAUCCUGAGAACAAAGUACAACAACGAGAACUUCAACAGGAACAACUACAGCAUCCCAAUCAACGUGGCCGGAGACUUAGCCAACAUGCUGCAGAACCUUAACUCCACCACCAACUUCCUGCUCUACUGCAUGGUCAGCCAGCGCUUCCGGCGGGAGCUGGUCCAGGUGGUGACUUGUAAGGCGAAGGCACGUGAGCUGGGCUCCGUUCUCACCCACACAACCAUGAAGGUCUUCUCAGUUGCGGAUCAUAAUUCGUUGCCAUCCAGCGACCCUGUGACUGUGGUGCUAACCGACCUCAAACAGAGAGUAGAACAGACAAUGAUCAGACUUUAG